AUGGCGCCACUUCGCAAUCUUCUCUUGUCCCUUGCCUUCACUUGGGCUCAUGCCGCGGUCACUCCACUCGACUCCUCCGUACAGGUCCGCAAUGCUCCAGGCCACUCUGUCGAGGAUACAUACCAUGCCAUAAAGCGCGGCCUAGCUCUAGCCAGUCUAGAGAAGCGAGAUUCCUUCAAGGCUGAACCCAUGAACAUAGCGAGAAGCUGGAGUGGUGCUACUUUGCUAUCCGUGGCACUCGAACCAAAUCCGCUACAGGAGCGCGAGAAUGGGACCACGACAGUCGAAGCUGGUAUAGAAGUCACCUGCCGGAAAUGCUACGUCAAGGGAGUUGCCUCUGCUGAGCUCACUAUCGACGGCGAGUUCGACGCUGGCGAGCUCCUUAACAACACCAUCAACUCAGUCAGCACAGCAGUGCAAAACUUCACUGACAGAUUCGAAGAGAAACUAGGCGAUGCGGUAGAACACGUCAUGGACAACUUGACUCUCAGCGACGGCAUUGACAGGUCAGACUUUGAGUGGCCAACCUUCGAUCUUGCAUUCGACCUGAACGUUCCGACCAUCGACGCAGCCAACCUACACUUACAAUUCGAUGGUAUGGAGCUUUACCUAGAAAUUGGAACCGUUCUCAAUGCCGAAGCGACAUAUGAAAUCACUCUUUUUGCUACACAAACUCCUGUCGGUAUGAAGAUAGGGCCGAACCUAAUGCUUGGUGCGGUGCUUAGUAUCGAUCUGAUCUUGGCUGUGGAAGGGGCCAUCGACAUUAGCAGUGGCUUCCAUGUCAAGCUGGACGACGGUGUCGCGAUAGAUCUACCCUUGUUUGGAAAUGAGGUUGCCGAUAUGACAGUCAAUGGAGGACAGUUCGAAUUCCUGCCUGUCACUCUCGAAAGCGCAAGCAUUACUAUGCAGGCAGCCCUCCGUAUCGGUGCUCACUGUGGGCUCGAGGUUGUGAUGCCAGAGCCACCACCAGGUUUGGGUAUGCUUGAUAAGUUGAGUCCGAAAGUCGAAGCUGGUAUCGAAGUCGCCAUCUACGCAAACAUAGCCGAGUUCAACACCAAUGUUACGUACGGUGCAGACGAAGAAGACUGCAAGUUGAAAGUCAUUCAAGAAUAUAACUUCGCCGUAGGCGCGAUCGCUGGCGCAUCAGUCGCUGUCGAAUGGUUCAACGAGACCAAGACAUGGGGACCGGUGGCUGAAGCAUCUACCGCCAUCUUUACGACCACGUUGGCGGAAGUAUGCGGAAUGCAAGGCAAGCCAACUCCAGCACCGACCAUCACACCUGGUUCAGAAAGACGUGAAGAUCUCACCCCAACCGUGAUAAGCACCGAAAUCACCAGAAGCGGUGUCAGCUGCAAAAUUCAAGGGCCUGCCAACUGCCCCAACUCGCAGCAAGUCACUACGAGCAAAACGUUCAUGUCCACCAUCACAACGUCAGUAGCACCAGGAGUUGAAGCGACAUGGCCAGUCGAAGCAUCUGAUACCGUCAAAGAGACCGUUGCAUUCGGCACGCAGGCAAAGACUAUGCGAGCUGUAUCCGGUAAACCAACUCCGUACGUCGCUCCGCCCGAUGAAGACGGCAAAGAUGGAAGCGACCAUGUACACGAUCUUGUUAAUGGCUCGACCGGAGGUGUCAGCAACAAAGUCAUCAUUGGUGUUUGCGUUGGCCUGGUUCUGCCUAUCCUGAUUGCUAUCAUCGGAGCUAUUAUGUAA